AUGGAGAGGAAAAUGAUGGAUGCAACCAGUAGAGGUGUUAUAGUGAAUAAAACCCCUACUGUCGCUAGAGAUUUGAUUUCCAUCAUGGCUGCUAACUCACAACAGUUUGGAUUCAGACAAGACACCCCUGCGAGAAGGGUGAAUGAGGUAAGUAUAUCUUCCCUCGAAAAUCAAAUAUCCAAUCUAACUUCUCUUAUUCAACAAUUGGCUAUAGGAAAUUUGCAACAAGUUAAAGCUUGUGGAAUUUGUGCUGCUACUGGUCAUCCAACGGAUAUGUGUCCUACACUUCAAGAAGAUUCUUUAGAGCAUGCCAAUGCAGUUGGAGGAUUCCCAGGCCCACCACAAAGGAAGUAUGAUCCUUAUUCAAAUACCUACAAUCUAGGGUGGAGGGAUCAUCCCAACUUCAGUUAUGGAGCAAGACCACAAUUCCAACAUUACCAGCCUAGACCAUAUAUUCCACCACAACAACCUUCUUCAAGUUCAAGUAUGUUGGAGUCUCAAGGUAAAUUACCUUCACAAACUGUUAUUAACCCAAAACAAAAUGCUAGUGCAAUCACCUUGAGGAGUGGUAAGGAGUUGGAAGAACCCAGCAAGAUGAAGCAAAGAAUUUUAGGAGAAGAAUCUGAAAAAGAAGUUGUUCCCCAACCUCAAACUGAUAAGCCUAAAGGACUUAAUAUUGAACAACCCAAGGCGUUGGUGACAAAUCCUCCUUUUCCUACCAGAUUAAAUAAAUCCGAGAAAGAGGAGGAGGGGAAGGAAAUGCUAGAAACCUUUCACAAAAUUGAGGAAUUGUGCACUAAUAAGAGGAAGUUGAAAGGUAAUGAGAAGGUAAGUAUGGGAAAGAAUGUUUCAGCCGUCCUUCAAAAGAAAUUACCUCCCAAAUGCAAGGACCUAGGUGUGAUUAUUCAACUUGCUGAUAGAUCUAAUGUGUAUCCUGAGGGAGUUCUUGAGGUUGUUUUAGUGCAAGUUAAUGAAUUGGCUUUUCCUACUGAUUUUUAUGUGCUUAACAUGGAAGAAGGAACUUCACUCUUGAAGGAUUAG